AAACCUCCCCUUUUCCUCUCUUCCUCCUCACAACUUUUAACAGGAUUGCAACAGCAGAUGACAAAAGUGAAAACUAGAAUUCAGAAGACCAAAGAGGAGCUGAAUUUCCUGAGCACCUACAUGGACCAAGAGUACCCAAUUAAGUCUGUGCAGAUUGAAGAACUUAUGCGCCAGAUCCAGGCUGUGAAAGAUAAUAAUCAGGAAGACCUGGAGGAACUGGAGGAGCUGGGCAAGGAUGUGCUUCAGAUGUUGUCGAAAAAGCUGAUGGUGAAUUCAGAGCAGGUUUUAUAUGUCAUGGCCAAGAAAAUCAUCCGUCCCUAUCAAGCUGCUCUUAUGAAGAGGACCCUAAGUAACCAGCAACUUUUGAGGCAAAUGGUUCAAUUCAGAGCGCACAUUGACUAUAUGAAGGAGCAACUUCCUAAGCUGAAGGCUGAGGUGAAGGCUCUUGAGAGGCGGAGAAAGCACCCUCAGGAGGCGAUCUUUGAUGAUAUCUUGCUUCGGAAAUCCAAGUGUACUCCAGACAUGGAUGUCAUCCUUAACAUCCCCCAAGAAGAAGUGCUUCCCUUUUAGCCCUGGAGCAGGACAGGACACCACUCUGGCUGAUCAUGUCUGAGAUCCCUUGUUUUUCUUCCAAUCAUCUUUGUUCUCCAUCCUGGGAUUUGUGUUCCCAGCUUCAUGUAGGACAUC